UCCAAAUGGGAAUAAACGAAAGUCUUUCUUUCAUUCACCCCACCCCACCCAACCCCAGUUGACGCAAGGUCGGCUGUAAGCAACGACACCGUUUCAUUCAAACCCAUUUCUUCCAACCCGUUUUCCACGAUCCACACACAUAAAUCCCCCUCACAAACCACCCAAAAUAACAAUAAAAAUUAUGGGCCAAUCCUCCUCCCAUUCACCGUCGCCGCCACGGUCAACGUCAAUCCUCCGCCGGUCAACCACUCUCCCACCCUCCUCCUCUGCCCAAUCAGAAACCAUUACCGCAACCGGUUCUUACAUCGACUAUAGUUCCGAAAUUCCGGACGAUUGUUUAGCCCUAAUUUUCCAAUUUCUAAACUCCGGCGACCGGAAACGCUGCUCGCUGGUAUCCAAACGAUGGCUACUAGUCGAAGGCCAGAGCCGCAACCGUCUCGCACUCAACGCACAAGCGGAAUUCAUCCCGUUCAUAUCCUCAAUGUUUUCACGGUUCGAUUCCGUUACAAAACUCUCUCUCCGAUGCGACCGUAGAUCCGUUAGCGUAGACGAUAACGGUUUAAUUUUAAUAUCUUUCCGGUGCCGGAAACUCACGCGGUUGAAACUCCGUGGAUGCCGUGAAGUUACCGAUAUAGGUAUGGCAGCGUUAGGUAAAAACUGUAAGGAGUUGAAGAAGUUUUCGUGUGGAUCUUGUAUGUUUGGGCCUAAAGGUAUGAAUGCGUUUUUGGAUAACUGUUCUUCUCUUGAAGAACUUUCGGUUAAGCGGUUACGUGGCGUAACCGACGCUGGAGCCACAGAGCCGAUUGGUGUCGGCUCCGCUGCUACGAAUUUAAAAUCGAUACAUCUUAAGGAGCUUUAUAACGGUCAGUUGUUCACACCGUUGAUUUACGGUGCAAAGAAGCUGAAGACGUUGAAGUUGAUUCGGUGUUUAGGCGAUUGGGAUAGGGUUUUGGAAACUGUUGCUGGUUCGGAUGUUUCGGAUAAUUCGUUAGUUGAAGUGCAUUUGGAGAGAGUUCAAGUGAGUGAUGUAGGUCUUUUGGCGCUAUCGAAUUGUUCGGGUUUGGAAAUAUUGCAUAUUGUUAAGACUCCGGAUUGUACGGAUGCUGGAGUGAUUGCGGUGGCUGGGCGGUGUAAGUACUUGAGGAAGGUUCAUAUUGAUGGGUGGAAGACGAAUAGGAUAGGGCAUGAUGCGUUAAUAACGAUUGCAAGGCAUAGUGUGAAUCUUCAGGAGCUGGUUUUGAUUGGGAUUAAUCCGAGCUCGAUAAGUUUGGAACAAAUUGCUAUGAAUUGUAAGAGAUUGGAGCGAUUAGCGUUGUGUGGGAGUGAGACGGUAGCGGAUGGUGAGAUUGCAUGUAUUGCAUCAAAAUGUGUUGCAUUGAAGAAGCUUUGUAUUAAGGGAUGUCCUGUGUCUGAUGAAGGGAUUGAGGCUUUUGCUUGGGGGUGUCCGAAUUUGGUAAAGAUUAAGGUAAAGAAGUGUAAGAAUGUUACGGGCGAAAUUGGGGAUUGGCUGCGCGCUAGGAGGGGAUCGUUGGUUGUUACUUUGGAUGUUGAAGCGGAAAAUGUGGAUGCAAGCGCGAGUGAAAGUGGCGCACAAGAAGACCCUGUGGAGUUUCCUGCUACGGUGAGCCUUGUGGCUGCUACUCAACCUGAGCCACUGGCAACAAGCUCUAGUGGUCGAGGGUCUGUUUUCAAGUCGCGGUUUGGGCUUUUCGGUGGCAGGGGUCUUGUGGGUUGCACUUUCAGGAGGUGGUCAAGUGGUAACAGUAGUUCCAAUGGUAGCUCGUGACCGUAUCUCAGUAUUUAAAUUUUAAACUUAAACUACAGUAGAGUUGAUCAAAACUUUGUUUCUUUUUCUUUCUGCAACUUAUGAGAGGUAAUUUGAACACCACCCGAAUUACUUCGCAUACCACAGUGACCGUUAUAUGUUGUUGUUGAUGUUGUCGUACCGUUUUAAGUUGUAUCUUGUGGCGUGCAAAUUAAUUUGUGGUCUACAAAUCACCUAAUAUAUAUGAUGACGCUUGAUUUCGUUUUGGUUU